AUGAAAACACAAGAAAGACAUUUUGCUGGAACGUGCGCAGAACAUUUCAUUCAUGUUGCACAGCAGUGGAACAUUUUAAAUAAAGUCAGCACACUUAGCACAGAUUGUGCUAGAAAUAUUGUCGCUGCUGCAAGACAUCUGCCUUUUGAACGCGUCCCUUGUGUCGCUCACAGUCUUCAGCGUUCUGUCACAGUAUCUUUGCACAACAGCGCGUUUGACAAUGCCCUGGCUAAAUGCAGAAAGGUGGUUGGCCAUUUUAAACACAGUCCAGCAAGUGCUGCAGAAUUAGAAAAAAAACAAAUUGAGCUUGGAAAAAAGAAGGAGUCGCUUUUACAAGAGAUUCCAACCAGAUGGAACUCGACUCUGGACAUGAUAAAAAGUGUUCGCAGAAACGAACAGCCACUGAGCGAUGUCCUCACCACACACAACACAAACGUUGCUAUGCUAACUCCAGCUGAAAUGGACAAAUUGCAGAGGUUGGAAAAGCUCCUAGAACCCUGCAGGUAUAUUUUACAUCAUACAUUUCUUACUGAUUUGAUUGCAUGUGAGAGAAUUGAUGUGUCUGUAUUUGUGCAUGAACCUGUGGAAGCAGCAACAUCAAAGCCAUCAAAGAGAAAAUUUGCUCUAUUGGUUGCUUCAUCAGAGACUGAUUCUGAACAAGAGGAAGACUCAAUUGAAAACGGUGUGCGUUGCUACAAAGCAGAGCCCACCAUCAGUACAGAGGCCUGUCCAUUACAGUGGUGGUCCAAACAUGCAGGCUCACACAACAGGCUGGCCUCAAUUGCACAGAAGUACUUGGCAACACCUGCAACAUCUGUUCCUUGUGAAAAAUUGUUUUCUCUUGCUGGUCAUAAUGUACAAAAGAAGAGAGUUUCUUUAUCAUCCGAAAAUGUGAAUUACCUUCAUGAUUACAUCAUUAAAAAUGAUAAACUGGCUUACAAAGAACAAGAUGGCAUAUCUUAUGAUGUAAUAUAUUGUUACAAAACAUUAUUUGCUUACUAUUUUGAACACGAUGAAGGCAGGAUCAGUACUGAAAGUCUUAACGACGUUAUAAGUAUUGGAAUUAGAUGCGGUAGCUAUUCUUUUGCUGAAAUACCCAACAACUUCCAUUAUAUAACGGGAGUAAGUGGUACACUACAAACAUUAUCUAAAUCAGAAAAACAAAUUAUUGAAAGUUAUGGAAUUAAAAAAUUUACUUAUAUUCCAUCUAUGUUUGGAGACAACAAACGUCGUUUUGCCAAAGAAGCCGAUAUUUUUAUAGAAAAUACUGAUGAUUAUUUUCCAAAGCUCAACGAACAUAUUGAACAUUCAUCUACCAUUAAAAAUGAACUCAGACGCCCUGUUUUAGUAUUCUUUACUACGAAAACGUCUCUAAUGGAGUUUUAUAAUUCAAAUAAACUAACUUUAAAUAAAGAAUACAUACAAAUUAUAACGGAAGAAAUCUCAGAAUCACCCAAAGAAAAAGAAAUGCUGAUCAAACGUGCAACUGUUUUAGGACAAAUUACGUUUCUAACGCGAGCUUUUGGACGAGGCACAGAUUUUGUAUGCAGUGAUCAAAACGUGAUAGUCAACGGUGGUGUCCAUGUCAUACAGACCUUUUUUUCAGAAGAGUUAAGCGAAGAAGUUCAAAUUCAAGGCCGAACAGCUCGUCAAGGUAAAGAUGGUUCUUGUAGCAUGGUCUUACGAGAUAGUGAUCUUGAAAAAUAUCUAGGAGUUGAUUACUUGAAUAUAAUUUACAAGCUACGAAAUGAAAAAGUAUUUUACGAUACUUUGAAUUCAAAGCGAAACCAACUCUAUGACUCGACCUACUUGAAUAUCAGCGUACUCGUAAAGGAAGCUAAGAAAGAGCACUUAUUAGAAGAGAAUUUUGUUAAAAAUUUAAAUAAUAAUAAAAUUGAUGAAAUUAAAGCUUUUCUCGGCGAGAGAAAUAUAGGUUCUACAAACACCGUAAUUACGUCGCGUACUAUUUGUCUAAUAGACGCUACAGGCUCAAUGGGUGAUUUGUUAAACAAAGCUAAGGUUACUGUUGGUACCAUGUUUGAGCGGGCUGCGGCUAUUUUAAAUGAGAAUUCAAUUGCAGCAGACUCAUUUCAAAUGCAAUUUGCAGUUUAUCGAGAUUACGAUUGCUUGAGUGAUGGAAUUUUACAGUACUCGCCCUGGGAAACAAAACCCGAAAAUUUAAGGCUGUUUAUGGAUAAAAUUUCAGCAUAUGGUGGCGGUGAUUACGAAGAAGCAAUUGAAAUAGGCUUGUGGCAUGUUGAUAGAGAAAACAAAGAGAGCGCAGUUAAUCAAGUCAUACUGAUUGGUGAUGCACCUGCAAAAUCAAAAACUCAAAUUAAUGAAUAUCAAAAUGUAAAAGGGGAAAUAUAUUGGCAAAAAACUGAUUUCAAGGUUCCAACUUUCUAUAAAAUCGAAGUGGAAAAACUAAAAAAAAUUGGAAUAGUGGUUCAUACCUUUUACCUCCACGACGGAGCAAAGUCAAACUUCCAAGAAAUUGCAAAAGAAACUGGUGGGUUAUGCGAACCACUAAACAUUGAUUCGUUGGACGGGGCAAAUACUCUAACAGACAUUGUUACUCGUCGCAUUUUAGGUAACGUUGGUCAACUAAGUGGGAAAGGAAAUGAGUUGGUAAACGCAUAUAAUAAAAGAUUUGUUAAGUCAUAUAAAUAAUUUAUGUGAUUUAUAAAUAACUCUUAACAUUUUUUA